AAUAAACAGUGAAGAAACAGUUUAACAAAGUUCAAUAUUUUGUAUCAUUUGAAUUUUUUCCAAAGAUUUCUCUGUGUUAUUUUUUCAAUAAUAUCAUGUGUUAACAAUUAAAUAAAAAAUAAUAUAAUAAACAUGUCAGAAGCAAGUAGAAAUCAAGAUACAAAAAAAAGAAAAGAAAUGUUAUAUGAAACAUUAUUCUUAACUGGAAUAGCAGGAAUUUCUGCUAUGAUCGGUUUUUUUAAUGCUUUAGCAUCAAUUAAAAAACAAGAUACUAAACAUUUUGAUAUUGGACUUAUGGGAGGAAAAGGUCUUCAAGAAUCUGGUGCAGCACUUGCUACAAGAGCUUUAUUGUGGGGUUCUGCAUGGGCAGUUAGUGGUUGUAGUAUACUUUUUUAUGGAAUUUGGAAAUUAUCUGGAGCUACUAAUGCUAAAGAGUUUCGCUUAAAAGCUGGAAAUAUUUUACCAAAAAUACCAAAAAAUGAUCCUCCUCAAAGUAGAACUGAAUUUGAAAAUCUUACAGAUUUAUUAAAAUAUGUUUCAGAAGAGUGGGGCAAAGAAAAAUAAUUUUGUUUUGUGUGUGUGUGUGUGUGUAUGCGUGCGCGCGUGCGUA